AUGUGCACCAUCCAGAGACUCUUCAUCUAUCCCGUCAAGUCUCUUCCGCCCGUGCAGGUGUCGUCGGUCGAACUCACCAAUGAAGGCCUCCGUUUCGACAGGUGUUUCGUGCUGGUCACACCUCCCAAGGACAACUCGAAGGAGGCGAAAUUCCUGACCAUCAAGAAACACUUCAAGCUCAUGCUAUUUAAGCCGACCAUCGACGACUCCUGGACCAAACUGACCAUCAGCCACAUUCACGCCAGUCCUCCGUCCUCCAUCACGGUUCCGCUGACACCGUCGCCGCUGUCGCUGCUUCAGAACAAGACCUUCGAGGUCAGCAUCUUCGGAACCACAGCCAUCGGUAUCGACCUAGGAGAAGAAUCAGCGUCGUUCUUUUCCAACCACCUUGGCCAGGAUGUACGACUCUUAUCCAUCGGAGGCACAGGGCGUCGUGAGAUUCCCGGGGCAGCCUAUCUACCCAGUCAGCACAAUGCCCUCUCCCUAGCGCUCAGAGAGGGACUCCAGCCGCAACGAAUCCGGUUCGCAGAUGCAGCUCCAUUGUUGAUAACCUCGACCGCGUCCGAGGAGGAUGCCCGGUCCCGGCUCCCCAAGGACUGGCAACACGAAGACAUAAUCGUCCGCUUCCGACCUAACAUCCACGUCGAUGUCAAGGGGCAGCUUCCGGCGUACGACGAGGACAACUGGUCAUCACUUCUCGUUCGGUCUCAGUCGGAUGAAGCCCAGGAAGUCACCAUCAAAUGCAUCUUCCGGACGGUUCGAUGCCUCAGUCUGAAUGCAGACCCAGACACGGGCGAGAUGAUCCAUCGUGAUCGCCAGCUGUACGGGCUAUUGGCGAGCGACAGAAGAGUCAAUGACAAGUUCCCUCAUAAACCUGUCUUUGGCCAGUAUGGGUUCGCCGGACCUUCUGGCGCGAUACUGCGUACGGGAGAUCAAGUCUUUGUGACUGAACGAAAGCAACGCACUCAAGAUCCAGAAGCCGACAAGCAAUGA